AUGAUAAAUAGUAACAGAGUAUUUUAGUUUUCGAAAAUAACUAAAAUUAAGAAAUAAACUUAGGAAAAGCAUAAUAUGUUGAGAUUGAUAUUUUUAAGAAUUUAACUUACCUCAGUUUUCUUUUAGUUUAAGGAAAGUCUUAUUCAGUUAUUUAAGAAUCAAAGCACUUUAACUUUAUUGACUAAAAGUAAUUAUUUAUUUAUGAAAAAAUGGGUUCUAAUCUAAUCAUAUACAUAGAGGGUGAAAAUAACAAUUAAAUGCGUAAGAUUAAACUAGAUAGUCAUAGUAUUCUAUUACAUAGCUUAAGCAUAGAUGUUGAAAUUAAUAAUAUUCCAUUUUAUAGAUCUAAUUAAAUUGCUGGAUAUAUAAUUAAUGUUAUAAACAAUAAAUUUACAACAAUUUAAGUUCAAUAUGUAAAAGAAAAAGCAUAUUAUAAUUUAAUUGACACUUUUUUAGAAGAAACUAGCAAUUCAAUUUAAAAAAUGA